CGACAAUGGGAAAGUAGUAGCAAUCAGCAUGAAGUGCACUGCCAACUCGCUGUCCGUAAUGGCAAAGUGAAAGAAAUCGUAGCAAUGAGCAUGAAAGGCGAUGCCAACUCGCUGUCCGGAGUGGCAAAUGGGAAAAGGACCGCAAUCAAGGGUCAAGCUCUGGCCGACUUCCUUGUUGAACUGACCGGUCUGAAGCCUGAAGCUGGACCUUCCCAUACGGUUGAACCGUGGUGGGAUAUGACCAUUGAUGGGGCCUCUGGACUGGAGGGGUGCGGAGCCGGCAUAGUUUUCACUACUCUAGAAGGGUUCAAAAUCUACCAUGCCUUGGUUUUCAACUUCAAGCUUACCGACAAUGAGGCGGAGUAUGAGACACUAGCUGGUGGCCUUAGAUUAGCCCAGGCACUCGGAAUAAAGAGAAUGAGAAUUCGUUCCGAUUCAAGUCUUGUAGUUGGACAGAUCAAUGGUGAGAUGGAAGUCAAAGAAGAACGUCUGGCUCGGUAUAGUGACCUGGUCCGAGCACUUCUAAGGGAGUUAGAGGAGUUUCGUCUAACCAGGAUACCCCGGUCAGAAAACACUGAUGCUGAUAUGCUUUCAAAGUUAAUGCAAGCUUGCCCGGAGCAUGUCUCAAAGUUGGCCAAAAUCGAGAUAUUGGACCAACCCAGUGCUGACCGGUUUGAAAACGCAGCCAUUCAGCAAGGUGAGAGCUCAGCUACCGGGGUGAUCGAAGUGGACGAUGAUUGGAGAUACGAUCUCAUGGAGUAUUUAAUGACCGGCCAGAAACCAGGCGACGAGGAACGAGCCAGGAAGGUUGUCUUACGGGCACCCCGGUUCCAAGUGCUAGACGAUCACUUAUACAAACGUGCCAUUGGAGGUCCUCUACUGCGUUGUCUCACCAACCCAGAAGCAGAACGGGUGAUAGCCGAGGUACAUGAGGGAGUUUGUGCAGCCCAUCAAAUGUCCCGUACAUUGGCUCAGAGGAUAACAUUGCUUGGCUACUGUUGGCCGACCAUUGUUGGGGAUUGUGAGCGAAGAGGUUGGGUGAAGAAGGGCACAAGUGGUUGGAGGCACUGCCCCAUAAGUGAGACGCCUUUCGUGCUCACUUAUGGGUGUGAGGCCCGGUUGCCAAUUGAGGAAGAAUUCCCGACGUUUAGAGAGACUGUGUAUCAACCCAGUCAGAACGAGACCGACCACUUGGCUGAGUUGAACCCGGUGGAGGAACGUAGAACUAUGCCAGCUGUUAGAAUGGCUGGUUACCAGCAGUCAGUAAAGAGAUCAUGAUAACCGGGUGGGUCCACGAUACUUCCAAGUGCAUGAUGAACUCUUACGCCGAAGGGAUGCUAGUAAGCCCAAUGAAAGAGGCAAGCUGGUGCGCAAUUGGGAAGGACCCUAUCGCAUAAGGGCGAUCAUCAGACCGGGCACAUAUCAGAUGGAAACCAUGGAGGGUGGACGAGUUGACCGACAUUGGAACUCUCACCACUUACGUAAAUUUUUUAGAUAAAGUGUAAUGAGUUCCCAGUUGUGAAUAAAAUUUUGUUCUUUCU